AUGGCGUCAGUUGAAAAAAUCCGGGAGGCACAGCGAGCACAUGGCCCGGCGACUAUACUAGCCAUCGGAACAGCGAACCCAGCAAACUGCAUCUACCAAAAGGACUAUCCGGAUUUCUACUUCCGUGUGACUAAGAGCGAGCACAUGACCGAAUUGAAGGAAAAGUUCAAGCGCAUAUGUGAGAAAUCAAUGAUAAGAAAGCGUUACUUCCACCUUACUGAGGAGAUUCUAAAGGCCAACCCAAACAUGUGCAAGUACAAGGCUCCAUCUUUGAAUGCACGUCAAGAUAUCGUAGUCACUGAGGUUCCCAGCCUCGGCAAGGAAGCAGCCUUGAAAGCUAUCGAAGAAUGGGGCCAACCCAUCUCAAAAAUCAUGCACCUUGUAUUCUGCACAAUGACUGGAAUCGACAUGCCCGGUGCAGAUUAUCAGCUCACCAAGCUCCUCGACCUGAAUCCAUCGAUAAACAGAUAUAUGAUCUACCAACAAGGUUGUCAUGCCGGUGGGACAGCCCUUCGACUUGCCAAGGAUCUUGCUGAGAACAAUGCAAGUGCACGUGUGCUUGUGGUGUGUUCAGAGAACACGACGAUGCUUUUCAAUGGACCAUCUGAAACCCACCUAGACAUUUUGGUAGGCCAAGCAAUUUUUGCAGAUGGCGCAGCUGCAGCAAUUAUCGGUGCCAAUCCUGAUAACUCGAUUGAGCAUCCACUAUUCGAAAUAGCAUGGGCUAGACAGUCGAUUGUCCCUGGUUCAGAGGGCGCCAUUGUUGAUCAUAUACGUGAAAUGGGCAUCUCGUUGUAUUUAGCUAGAAACUUACCCAAGUUGGUUGGUAGCAACAUUAAGAACAACAUGGCUGAAACAUUUACCCCGAUUGGAAUAAAGGAUUGGAACUCCUUAUUUUAUGUGGUUCACACUGGUGGCGCGGCUAUUCUCGACCAAAUACAAGAAAAUCUUUGUCUAAAAGAGGACAAACUUAGGGCAAGUCGACAUGUUCUGAGCGAUUACGGGAACGUGGGCAGUCCAUGUGUGCUAUUUAUCCUUGAUGAGGUGAGGAGGAAGUCUUUGGAGGAAGGAAAGACCACAACAGGAGAUGGGUUGGAAUGGGGGGUUCUGUUUGGGUUCGGACCGGGUCUCACAGUGGAGACCGUUGUGUUGCAUAGCAUCCCAAUACUUAAUACUCCAAGAGUUAUUGAUUCCUGAUUCAUAAACUAGU